CAAGACUUCCAAACAAAACUUUGCAUGUUAUUUGUUUAGAUCCGGAUUGUGAUUGGGUUGUUCGUGCUGUCAAAUUGAAAGGUGUUGAGAUGUUUCAGAUCCGCAGGUAUGAUCCAGAACAUGUUUGCUCUGUUGAUUAUAGACAGGGCAAACACAGGCAAGCAACAUAUGAUGUCAUUGCAAAUAUGGUUGCACAUAAAUUUUUGGAUGCUUCUAUAAACCCGUAUACACCUAAACAACUCAUCGCUGAUAUGAGCAUGGAUUAUGGUAUUUCAAUGUCAUAUAAGAAGUCAUGGAAAGCUCGAAAGAAAGCGAUGGAAAUGCAAUUUGGUUCUGAUUCUGAGUCUUACCAGAUGCUCCCUUCAAUUGCUUACAUGCUAAAUAAGACAAAUCCAAGAUCUGUUGUUAAUCUUGUUACAAGUGCUGAUGAUGCUUUUCAGUAUUUUUUCAUGUCACUUGGUCCUUGGAGAGAUGCGUGGCAGUAUUGUAGGCCCAUGCUUAUUUUGGAUGGAUCAUUCAUGAAAUCAUAUUACAAAGGCACCUUGUUGACAGCUUGUGCUCAGGACGCGAAUAAUCAAAUUGUUCCUAUAGCUUUUUGUAUAUGUGAGUCUGAAAGUAAAGCAACUUGGCGGUGGUUCUUAUCCAAGGUUCGUUCAUGUAUUGAACAUCGUUCUGACAUGUAUAUCAUAUCUGAUAGGCAUAAAGGGAUUCUUAGUGCUGUUCGUAAAAUAUUUCCACAUUCUGGCCAUGGAUUUUGUGUUGAACACUUACGCCGCAAUAUGACAUCGAAAUUCAGAGGCUCUGCAAAAGAUUUGGGUUGGAAAUUUAAAGCUGCAUAUUUGGCUUCAAUUGUGAAAGAGUUUGAGUAUUACAUGUCUCUGUUAGAUACUCAAGAUGCCAGAAUACGCCCGUGGUUAGAAAAAGUUGGUAUUGAAAAAUGGGCUAAAUGUAUGUCUGGUUUCAAUAGAUUUAAUGUGAUGACCUCAAACUGUGCUGAAUCUUUAAAUAGUGUGAAUGCUUGUGCAAGACAGUACUGUGUUUCCAAACUCAUCAAUUUUUUGCGUGAAAGAAUGCAAGAAUGGUUUAAAGCAAGGAGGGAAAUAGCUGAAUCUACAUGUACAAAGCUCUCUGAAAAAUAUGAAAAGCUUCCGGUUUCCUUACAAUUUGAAUCAAGUCGUAUGAAGGUGUGCUUUAGUUGUAUUAAAAGUACAUGUUAAUGCAUUCUG